AUUGGUAUGACUUAUAAAGUACUGUUACAUUUCAUUUGCUCUCUUAAACCUACCCUUUGGAAUGACUUCGAUAGCAACAGUGGAUACAUGUCGUUAUUAAGACAUCGCUCAAUAAUCAUUCUCACGAUAGAUAGCACAUUGGUAGUAAUCAUUGAGUAAGGGACAAAUAUAAAAGCGAAGCAGGGCUUGGUUAAAACCCUCGGUGGGAGACCAAAUGAAUAGCUGUGGAUCAACUACCCAGCCUAUUUUUUUAUAGUGGACAUAACGUUGAAGAUAUGACGUUGUAGUGGGGGGUUAAGUGCAUUGUUCAAGGGCAUAACGGCAGGCAAUAGCAUCUAGGAUUUGAACCCAGCAACCCACUGGUUGCCAGCUCAUUACCGACAGAUGUUUCCUGUCAGGCCCGGGAUUCGAAGUGGCAACCCUCUCUAACCGCUAGGCUACCUGUCGACCUUGUAAUUGCCAACAGGAUUAAUAUCGUACUGUGUGUGUACCUACCAAUAGCUGCCCACAGACUGUAGGCCACAGUCCAAUUGACUCGCACAGAGAGAGUCUGGCUGAAAACAGAAAAGUAGCUUAGUGGGAUGUUUUGUACACCACUUUUGGGGGGAGCCACUAUUUCGACCAAUAUCAUAUAUUGAUCAAUUCAAUUGACAAAUAGUUGUAGUUACACGGUUGCUUCCAGUAAUAUCGGAGUCCACCAAAUAUGCUAGCCCACUGUCUCCUAUUAUUUCAGUGAUCUCCCUCCACCUUCCCGUCUUCCACCGCCGAGCGCCCUCUCACGUUAUACUCCUUCUCACAGUGCGGGUUGGUUUCAGCAGUCGGAUGCUUGGUGGAAUGCUUGCGAGACGAGCAAUCCGUUCCGGUCACGGAGAAAGGGGUGGUGAUACAAGAAGAGACAUGGCUUCUAAAGAGAGAACUGCCUCUUGUUUUGUCAGUAUGAGCAGGGAUGUUACAGAGAGUAUCAGGAAGAUUAUUGACAAGUCCUCAACCAAGUUUAUACGUGGCAUAAAGCUUGAAACCAAAAAUGGCAAAUCAGAGGAUAGGAUACUGGUUCUCACAACAUGGAGGCUCUAUCUCCUGGUCGCCAAGGUUCCAACAAAGAUAGAGGUGACAUUUAACUUCUUGGAGAUCCGAGCCAUGAACAGUCACCCAGAGCAUCAGGUCGUCAUAGACACGGACAAGUCCACUUAUUCCUUGUGGCUACAGUCACGUGACCACCUCAGUCAUGUGGUCAGCCAUGUUAACUUUGCCCUGUCCAGAAUAUUUAACAACUCUGUGUUUGCUCCCUCCAUCUGUCAUUCAGACAGUGAACUUUCUGAGGGAAGCAGGAAGCACUCCCCCAGCUCAGAGACGUCUAUGGAAACCCAGAGGGCCUGUGGAGGGUUUUCGGAGACCUACGCGGCCCUGUGUGACUAUAAUGGAAUCAGCUGCAAGGAGGAAGUUCAGUGGGAUGUGGACACUAUCUAUCACUCCCAAGACAACAGGGAGUUUAAUCUAGUGGACUUCAGACACCUGGAAAGCAGGGACUUGGCAGUUAUUGUGGCAUCACUGGCGUACAAUACCUGGUUCACCAAACUAUACUGUAAGGACAUACGCAUAGGGUUAGAGGUCACUGAGCAGGUUCUGCACACCCUCAGUAAGUCCUCCAGUCUGGAAGAGAUCACGCUGGAGAAUGCUGGUCUCAAAUCUGACUUUCCUCAGAAGCUGUCAGUUGCUCUCUCAGAGAAUCCUGCUUCUGUCAUCCACUCUCUGAAUCUGGCCCACAACACACUGGACAACCAAGGUGUGGCUAACCUCAUCCAGCAAGUGUGUCGCCUCAGCAAAGGACUGCGUCUCCUCAACCUCUCCAAGACCUUCCUCAACUCCAAAGGUGUGGUGUCUCAGACUCUGUGCUCCAGUGAUGAGUAUUCUAACUCUCUGCUGCACCUGGACCUGAGCAAGAACCCUGGGUUCCUGUCUGGGGAGGAUGCCUCGAAUCUGUGCCUGUUCCUGUCCCAGCCUAAUUGUCUGGUCCAUUUGGACCUGUCUGGCACUGACUGUUUUGUUGAGUCGCUAUUUGGGGCUCUGCUGAGGGGUUGUUGUGCCGAUCUCUCCUACUUGAAUCUCUCCAAAAAUACCUUCUCCCACAGGAAAGUGAAGGAGAACCUGCCGUUGUUCCGUCAGUUCUUCAGCUCGGCCUUCAGUCUCACCCAUGUCAGCCUGGCCUCUAUGAAGCUGCCCCCUGAGGCCCUGAGGUCUCUCUUCAUCGGUCUGACCACAAACCCUCACAUCAAUGACCUACACCUGGACAUUAGUGGCUGUGAGCUGAAAUCUGCAGGAGCUUCUGUGAUCCAGGAGCUGUUCCCCAGGCUCUCCUCCAUCGCCACUCUGGACAUCUCAGACAACGGGCUGGAUGCAGACCUUCUCUCAGUUCUACCAGCUCUCUCCAGACACACCUCCCUAAAGCACCUGUAUCUGGGCAAGAACUUCAACAUCAAGAGCAGGGUGCUGGAUGAAAUCCUACACAAGCUGGUCCAACUCAUACAGGAGGAGGAAUGUGCCCUCCAGUCCCUCUCACUGGCUGACUCGCGGCUGCGUUCUCGGGGCACAGUGCUGGUAAACGCUCUGGGCAGCAACACCUGUCUGCGAAAGGUGGACCUGAGUGGGAACAGCCUGGAGGACAUUGGAGCCAAGAUGCUGAGCAAAGCCCUACAGAUCAACACCACACUCAGGAGUGUGACGUGGGAUCGUAACAACACCUCAGCUACAGGAUUCCUGGAUGUGGCUCGAGCCCUUGAACAUAACUUCACCUUGCAGUACAUGCCCCUCCCCCUCAGUGACAUCAGCCAGGCGUACCGUAGUACCUCCGAGAGGACAGAGCAGGCACUGACCAAGAUUCAGUGUGCUCUGCUGAGGAACAACCAGACUCAGCGCUUCUCUCAGAGACAGGCUCUACGGCUGCACCAGGGCCUGGUCACCAGCACUGCUGAACAGGUGAUGGAGCGUCUGAGUGUGUGUGUGCAGCAGCAGGUGUGUGUGCUGCGUGGAGUAGAGGAGAUGGAGGAGAUUCAAGCUGCUAAACAGGUGCUGAAGGAGGCCAGAAACUCCCGUGCGCUGUACCCCUCUCUCUGUGAGCUAGCUCAUGUGCUGUCAGUAGACGGGCCAGUCAGACAGAGACUGGACCAACUGGCAGGGGAACUGACCAGAGCAGCUGACAAGGAACUGCAGGUGAUUGUCGUUUCCAUGGUGUCUCUCUGUCGUGAGUUGUGCCCGCUGUCCUCCUCUGCUGCGGAGAGGUUACGUCCUCAGCUCUCUGUCUCGGAGCGCGUCUCCAUCCCUCGCUCCGCCAUCCGCACAGCCUUGAUGGAGAGAGCAGCACAGGACAUUCACCGAGUGCUGGAGGAGGUGAAGCUCUCAGUGGUCUCCUAUCUCACCAACUCCAUCGUGGAUCAGAUCUUGCAGGAGCUCUACGCCACUCACAAGACUCUGACGCGGCGGGUGUCCCAGGUGAAGCGCUGGGAGGUAACAUGUGACGGAGGAACAGGUCUGAGGUCACACAGACACAGAGACUCUCUGGACCUCACAGAUGAUGAGAUGGGCACCAGUAUAGUGAGCAUUGACACAAUUGCCAUUAAGAAGCGUAGCUCUAGAACUAGACGUAUUCGACCUGUCUCUACCAGACUGAGCCAGUGUGAUGACUCCAGCUCCUCCACACCCCCCUCUGUGUCCUCUUCUUUCUCUUCUUUCUCGGCCCUCUCUCGCUCUACAUCCUGGGAGGGGCUGUCUGAGCUCCCUACCCAAGGUGCACCUCUCCAUCAUGUGACGCGGGUUAGGCCGAGGCCCCCACGGAGGCACCGAGCAGGACAUGCCCCCUCUGACACACAUUGCACUGAAAAUGGAGCUGUCACCCCUAUUGAUCAUGGACUCCCAGAUUUCUACACCAAGAGAGUGCUCCCUGAUAGUCAGUUGUCCUCUCUUCAUAAAGCCCACUCUCUCAGACGAAAGAAGAGACGCAAUAUGCUGGCCAUCUUUGGUUUCCGUAGGAACCGCAACUCAACGCUCUCCAAUCAGGGGCCAGAUUCUGGCGUAGACGGAUGUGGGGAAGAGUGUCGCACUGUCGCCAUGGCACCCACAGGGACAGCCACUGAGAAUGUCUACACGCUGCUGCAGCCCCCUCUUUCUGAUGCCAGGGCAGGCUCUCCUGGUGAGGGGGGUGAUGUGGAGGACCAGAGAUUGGAAGAGCCAGUGGGCCUGAGCCUGCAGCCCCCUCUUUCUGAUGCCAGGGCAGGGACUCCUGGUGAGGGGGGUGAUGUGGAGGACCAGAGAUUGGAAGAGCCAGUGGGCCUGAGCCUGCAGCCCCCUCUUUCUGCUGCCAGGGCAGGCUCUCCUGGUGAGGGGGGUGAUGUAGAGGACCAGAGAUUGGAGGAGCCAGUGGGCCUGAGCCUGCAGCCAGUGCAGAGCAUACCACCACAGCCUGGCAUGCCAGGUAGCAGACACCCCUUCUACUCACUCAGCCAGCAAUCAGAGCUAGAAACAGAGUACGAGCAACCUGCAGAUAUAGACAGACAGGUGGACAGACAGUGGACAGAGGACAGAUGGGUGGACAGACAGUGGACAGAGGGGAAUCACACAGUCAGAGAGAGGACAUUAAUAAGACCGGCUGACAGACAGGCUGAACAGCACUGGCCAGAGGACAAACCGUCAGACAAAACAUGGACAGAGGGAAGAACGGCAGAUAGAUAUUGGACAGAGAGCAGGCAUGCAGAUAGACACAUGGAAAGACAGUGGACAGUUGACAGACAGUUUUAUCAAGAUAGACAGUGGACAGUGAGCAGACAACAGACAGACAGAACGUGGGCAGAGGGUCGACCAAAAGACAUACAGAUAGACAGACAGUGGAUAGACAGCAGGCAGUCAGGCAGACAGACUGACAGACAAGACCAGGGACGACAUCUGGCUCAGAGACCUCUGCCCCCUUACCCAUCAGACAGGACUCCAUCACCUAAAAGUGAAACUGACUCUCAGAAAAACAUGGACAGGCAGAAGUACUGUGACACACAGACAGACAGACACCUGCGCUCAGACACUGCUGUAGGACAGGUGGAAGGGUGGCGGGAUGGAGGAGGGGUUCCCCCUGGACGGGUUUCUACGAGUGCAUCUAAACCAGACCCUCCUUCCCAGAGCUGCAAACCCAAUCUGUCCAAACUUAGACAGAGACAUCUACAGGAGAGCUCUGAGGAGGAAGCAGGCAGAGAGAGGGAUGGUGGAAGAAUGGAAAGUAAAGAGAGAGAGAGAGAAAGAGAUGCAGAGGGACAGCCUCCUCCCAUUCCUGAAAAGCCAAAGACCUCAUCCUAUGUGUCUUCUCCAAACGAGUAUGCCAAUGAAAGGCCAAUCCCGCCUCCUGCACCAUCUGCAUUCAGAAAGCCAUUGCUGGGAUUGGCUUACAGGGCUGUCAGCCAAGGUGAGGAAGCAGUGAGGCCUCAAGCCCCCGUGAAACCCCAGAGGAACAGAAAGGCUAUGUCUUGUGACACAGGCACUGGCAGGGAUAGCCCUAAUAAUCUUGAGAAGCCCUCAAAUCGCAAACCUCCUGUGAAAAAGCCUAGACUACCCCAGAACAGAAACAAAUCCUUGGACUAUCCUGGUAUCUGUGACAGUGUCAACUUAGCGUCUGGUAACAGCAAGCUGUUGUGAUGGCGAUGGAAUUCAGCUGCUUCAGACUGACCAGCCAGAGGGUUGUCGUGACAACUGGGCAGCAUUUUGUCCAAUGUGAAGAGGAGGGAGAUAGUAAGGAAAAUCUAGACUCGAGAGAGAGGGGACCCAGAUAGAGGGGGAGGGGAAGAUAAAUGGCUGAGAGUGCUAAAUGAUAAGGACAUCGCCAACCAUCACUUACCUACUGCAUUAUUAUUGGAACACACACGGCCUAUUACUAGUCUGUCUCUGUCUGGACCUUGCUGGACUUCACUGUCUGUACCUUGCCUUCACUGUCUGUACCUUGCCUUCACUGUCUGUACCUUGCCUUCACUGUCUGUUUUCCUGACAUCUCAAUGAAAACCUGCUGAACUGUUUUGCAGCUAUUCAAAAUGGUAGUUUCUACUUUUGAACAUCAAAUUCACUGUUGUCUGCACUUAAAGAAUUGCCAAAACACUGUAAUGCUAUAUUGCCACGGGGCCAAACAUUGGAACGUUGUUAUUAUCAUCAUUCAGAGUUGCACUUUAUUUUGUAUUAUUCAUAUAUAUGUGGCUAAGCUGGACUAAAGAAAGGAAUUUUACUUUAUUCAAAUGUUAUGCAUUUUGACUGCUGUGAACAUUGAUUGCUAUGUUUGAAACUUAAAAAUUAGUUGUUGCUUAUUAUUAAAUGAAACUUGAUUAUUUCUAUCUAGUUCUGCUGUCAUGGACUGAAAGGUAAUAUAUUUUAUAGAACAAUUCAAUUGAAAGAUUAUGUAUGAGUAUACUGUAUGAAUGAAUAAAAAUGCUGUACUGGAA